AUGGUCAUCGACUUGACUAACGAUUCGGAUUCGGAAGAUCAGAUCCAGUCCCAGUUGAGGACGGAAUACGCAACCCAUGGACAGGCAUCUCCCUCCUUCACGCUGGCCCAUCGCGUGGUCAGCCCUGUCGUCCCACAGAAGAGAAAACCAGCAGUGGAACAAAUCCCAUCAUUGUCCAAGCCCACGCGGGCCCUGCUGAACUCGGUCUCCCUGAACGGCCAUGUCCCCUCGCACUCCAUUCCACACAGGGUGCAGAGCCACACCACCACUACUCAUGCUGCCCACCCAGAUCGACAGCGUCUCCCGAGCACCCCCAGCCCGGGCCUCGACCCAACUACCGCACCGCUCCCCACCGUUGUGGUGCCCUCCCCUUCACGCCAUCUGAAGAGGGAGAUUGACCGCGCCCGCGUCGUGCAGAGCACACCCCACAGCACGCCGCCGCUGUCCGGGCUCUCAGACCGUUUCUUCCCGACAAAUGACUACGAGAAGCGCGCGCGCCGCGGCGCCUACCCGGUAGCAAAGACACACCCCGUCGACCGCCGCUCUGUGCCUCUCCUCAUCGGCCGCACCGCCCCGGUCCUGACCGCGCAGCGGCCGCGCGUAGCGGACCAGCUUUUACGCGCGCUGCAGCGCAAGCUAGCGACGAUCAAGGGACCCCCUGUUACCUUUGCGGCUGGCAACGAGCAUCUGCUGGCGGACUUUGCGGCUAAUUUUGAGUUCAUCAACGCGUACAAGAUCCGGCCCGGUGUCGAGCCUCUCAAGGAGGAGUUUAUCGGUGGCUGUGGCUGCAGUGGGUUUUGCGACCCUACUCGCUGUGUUUGUCUUGAGACUGAGGAGGAGAACUCGGACCGGAAGCUCAUUGCGUAUGGUGGUGCCGCGGAUGAUCCGCUUGUGUUGGUCCUCAGGCCGGAGAUUCUACACCGUACGGUGAUGAUCGUGGAGUGUGGGGCGCGCUGUAAUUGUGAAAAGGCGUGUUGGAAUCGCGUGGUGCAGCGGGGGCGGACGGUUCGGUUGGAGAUUUUUCAUACUGGGGAGAGAGGAUUCGGCCUCCGAUCCCCCGACACCAUCCGCGCGGGCCAAUUCAUCGAUUGUUAUCUUGGGGAGGUGAUCACAGAGGAAAAAGCCGACAUCCGCGAGGAGAUCGCGACGGCGCAGCAUGGACACUCGUACCUCUUCGGAUUGGACUUCUACCCCCCGUCUGACGAAACAGAGGGCAUCUACGUCGUCGACGGGGAGCGUUUCGGCGGACCGGCGCGGUUCAUGAACCACUCGUGUCACCCCAACUGCAGGAUGAUCCCCGUAUCCCACACCCCUGGCGACGAGCGAUUGUACGACUUGGCUUUUUUUGCGGUUCGUGACAUCCCGCCCAUGACGGAGCUCACCUUCGAUUACAACCCCGGGGCGCGCGAGAGUGGGCGACCGACGAAGAUUGAUCCGAGUGCGGUGCGGUGUCUGUGUGGAGAGAAGAACUGUCGGGGACAGCUGUGGCCAAAUCAGCGCAAGGGGACGAAGUGA